AUGCACGUUCUAGCUCUGUUGUUAUUGAAUCUCCUGGUUGGUUCCGACGGCUGGACGGAUACCAGGAGGAGAACGUUCCCUCAGAACUUUCUCUUUGGAGCAGCAUCUUCAGCGUAUCAAGUGGAGGGGGCUUGGAACGAAGACGGCAAAGGUGAAAGCAUAUGGGACAGAUUUUCCCAUGAACACCCAGAGAAGAUAGCUGAUGGUAGAAAUGGAGAUGUGGCGAGUGACUCCUAUCAUCUGUGGAGAAGAGACGUGGAGAUGUUACGAGAGCUGGGCGUGGACUUCUAUCGGUUCUCCAUAUCGUGGCCCAGGGUUUUACCUACAGGAUUUCCAAGCAGUAUCAACGAGGCUGGCUUUAAAUACUAUGACAACUUAAUAGACGAACUCCUCAAAUAUGACAUCCAACCAAUGGUCACCCUCUACCACUUCGACUUGACCCAAGAGUUAGAAGACUUGGGAGGUUGGACAAAUCCACUAUCAGUCUCUUGGUUUGAAGAUUAUGCGAAAAUAGUCUUUAAAAGAUAUGCGGAGAAGGUGAAGUUUUGGAUAACUAUAAACCAACCGAAUACUAUUUGCAUGGAAGGUUAUGGCAGUGACCUCAUGGCUCCAGGGGUGAAUGUUAAAGACGUUGGGGCUUAUGAGUGCGUGAAGAAUGUUCUGUUAGCUCAUGCGAAAGCUUACAGGCUUUAUGAGAAGGAGUUCAAGAAGGAACACGAAGGUAACGUUGGCAUUGGAGUGGCAGUCAACUGGUUCGAGUCCUUGGAUCAUAAUAACACAGUCAAUAAGGAAGCUGCUGACAGAGCAAGGGCGUUUGAGUUCGGCAUAUACCUCCACCCAAUAUUUUCUAAGGAGGGUGACUUCCCUCCUAUCAUCAGAACGAUAGUGGACAAGAAGAGCCAAGAGCAAGGGUUCAAGACCUCCAGACUACCAAAGCUGUCUUAUGAAGAAAUUAAGUUGCUUAGAGGUUCAGCAGAUUAUCUAGGCAUGAACCACUACACCACAUUCCUGGUGCAACAUAGCGAGGAGAAGUUCGAAAGCCCUUCAGUGGAAGAUGAUCGCAACACUAUAUACACACAGGGUCCUGAAUGGACUUCUGGUAAAUCAUCCUGGCUGAAGAGCGCACCCUACGGCCUCUACAAAGCUUGUGUUCACCUCAACCUGAACUACGACUACCCACCAAUUAUCAUCACGGAACAUGGUUGGUCUACCGACAAGGGUCUUGGAGACCAGUCUAGGGUGAACAAUAUAAGGGCCUAUUUAGGAGCCCUACUUCUGGCCAUGGAAGAUGGGACACAAGUCAAAGGGUAUACGGUGUGGAGUCUUCUGGACAAUGUCGAGUGGACCGCUGGUACCAGUGAACGUUUUGGCCUCUACGAAGUGGAUUUCGAAUCAGAAACUAAAGAGAGAACAGCUCGUCUCUCAGCUCUAGUCUACAAGCAUAUCAUAGAGUCAAGAGUCGUGGAAGAUGGAUGGAGCCCAAGCAGUUUGAAGAUAGAAAUAACUAAGAAGAAAGAUGAAAAGAAUAAUAAUUACAAAGGAGAAUUAUGA